UGCCAGCUUCAUCACAUCACAUCGCGUCGCGCCUCACUCCUACCAGCGGCUCACCUUCAGAGCAGCGCGAUCCCAGAGGAACCAAACUACAUCUGGAUGUUCAGGAGCUGAACUUGGUUUGUUUGAAUUAGAGGAUGGCAGAAACGCGCUGGAGGGAUUCACUUUGACGGCAGGAUGGCUCCAGACAACUACUUAAAGAUCCAUUUUUAAGCUUCUGCUGAAAUUUCAGGAACAGUUUUUCAUUAAAGGAAAGAAGAAAGGCUUCUGCCAUGUCAGAAAACAAAUAUACCAUAUGCCACUCCGAAGACGAUAUAAAGCAUAAUGAAUCCCCAAAGAUCAGCGCCAUCAUGUUUGGCUUAGGAGUCUUUGGGAACGUUGCUGCCUUGGUGAUCCUGGAAAUCCAUCGGCGAAGGGACUCGAGGGCUAAUGACAGGCGGCACAGAGGAUUGUUCCACAUCUUCAUCAAUUUUCUGGUGUUCACAGACCUGGCUGGAACCUGCCUGACCAGCCCCGUAGUUCAGAUUGCCUAUGCAUGGAACAAGACCUUGGUUGGGAUGGCUCCUAUGUGUAGCAAUACUAGCAGUGCUGCUGACAGCUGCACUAUCGGUUCUAGUAGCAUCUGCACUAGCAGUGUGUGUAAGUACUUUGGCAGCAGCAUGACCUUCUUCAGCCUGGCCACCAUAUCGCUCCUCUUCAUUACAGCACUGGACAAAUGCUUUGCAAUAGGACACCCCUACCUGUACAACCGGGUUGUCACCAAGAAAUGGGCUUACAUCACAAUCUCUGUUAUGUUUCUUGUAUGUUUCCUAUUCUGUUUGCUUCCCUUUGUGGAAUUUGGUACAUAUGUGCAAUACUGCCCUGGCACAUGGUGCUUCAUUGACAUGAACCCCUGUGACAUUAAGCACCGGGUCUAUGCUAACUUAUAUGCCACAAUUAUGCUGGUGUUGGUGCUGUCGACUGUGGCCUGCAACGGUUUCGUGGGGUACCAGCUGUUCCGGAUGUACCGCCGUCGCAACAGGCAAGGCUCAUUGAUGAAGAGCAUGAGAUCCAGCAGCGAGCGCAAGGUGUUUGUGGCUCAUGAGGUGGAGCACCUUAUCCCACUGGUCUUCAUGACUAUCAUCUUCAUCAUCUGCACAUUGCCCAUGGUGAUCCGAAUGUUCUACAACUCUAUCAGAACCGAGGAGAACCAUGAAAAUGACCUGCUGGCCCUCCGGUUCCUCUCCAUCAACUCCAUCAUCGACCCGUGGGUCUUCAUCCUGCUCUCCCCCAGCGUGUUGCACUUCUUCUGUUUGUCGGUCUGCAAGACCCGGCUGGGGAAAAUCAGAGGCUCUGUGAGCGAGUCGACGCUGGCAAAAGGCAACUAUCACGUGGAAUUGUCUCGGCCGAACAUGUGGACCAGUUGUCCUCCCAUGGAGGAAAACAUUUGAUCACAGCAGUGCUGUUUGUGACUCCAUGUUUCUAUUUAUUGCAAGUGUGCAAUCCUGCCUGCCUGCAGGGCACACACAAGCUGGAGAAGUUUGACGGACUGCAAUCAUUUUCCUGGGUGUUUCCAUUUCAUUAUGACCGUAAUAACAGCUCCACUGGGCAAUUAAAGACCACUCCCACUCACUUUGUGGUUUUCUGCGUAUUACCGUUGAAUCCACAAAGACUUUUCUGACACUGUCAUGUAAGGUUGCUUCUACUAUUUACUCUCAGUGAAUUAAUUUACCAGUAAAAGCCAAUUUGCUCAGCAGAUAAUCAGAUGGCGCAGCUUUGUCUUUGAUGGGUCGAACUAAACUGAAGACACUGAAGUGAACUAAAUACAAAGAUAAAUAUCACAGCAGACGUUCUCAGAUUACAACCACAAGUUUUAGUGUCUGUGACAGACAAACUGAAAGUACAGCUUUAUUUCUUCCUCGUCCCUGCCGAGGCCACAACACGUGCUGCCACCACAAUGUGCCACUUUGUGGAGGUUCAAUGUUGUUUUUCAGAGCAUCUUCUUCCACACAUUUGCAGCAAACGUUGGCACUAAAAUGCGCCAUCUUCCUUUAUCUUCACCUACUGGUUUUUUUUUUUUGGUCAACCACAUAAAAUCCUAAGAAAAUACCCUUUUAUCUGAGGAUGUAGUGCGACAUUAGAUCAAUGAUAGCAGAGAAAAACUGACAAAUUGGUUUUCACAUGCCAGUUGGAAAGGUCAAAGGCCAGAAAAGCUCAGAGAUUUUUUGGGGUCCAAACUUUCACUCAGGGAAUGAGUGAACAUUUCUAAAACUUACUCUCUUGCAGUUAUGUCUUUUUUACUCACAUGUUUAUUAUGUAGCAUAAAUAUAUUUAACAAAACUGUUUUUUGUGAGUUUCCAUUAUGGUUUGACUUGAAAAAAAAAUCCUCUGUUUGAAACAGUGUUGGAGUCGCUGUGGCUCAGGCGAUAGCAGGCAUGUGGAAGGCGUACUUUCCUCAUCCUGAAGUGUCUUGGAGCAAGUUUCUCCAAAUAGGCCGCCAUCUUGCCUGGCAGCUCCACUGGUAUUUUUGUGUGUGAGUGAAUGAGAAACGCUGUAAAAUGCCUUGUUGAACUGCAGUUAGUCAAUUCUGUCCUAAUAUAUUUGUGUAACUGUGUUGCGACUUGUUAAAUUGCUGUAAAUAACUUCAGCAUUGAUGCUGGAAGAAAAAUCAUUUCUUUUUUGGUGAGGGGUUGUGUGGAGCGUCUCAUCUGCAGCAUACAUCGAUUGUACCUCAACCUACCUCACUUUUAUUUAAAUAAACAUCCUGACAAAUGACAAAAUACGCCGUCUAAUUUAAAGACAUCACCUAUCAGUCGGUUACUUAUAUGUUGUGUCACUGUAAAACGGGUUUACUGAUUUACUGAUAAUUGAAACAACAGCUUAUUUGUUCCCCACAAAGCUCAAAAUUAUAACACAAUCUUUAUGUACUCUGUUUAGCCUUCCUGUUAUCUACUGCUCUCUCUCCCUGUCUUGCAAAAUGAUCACAUUUUAUUCAUCAUUUUGAGUUUUUCACCGAUUUUUAUCAAGCUAAAAAUCUGCCAACUCUUUCCACCUGUUAACUUCUUGGUGCAUCACUGACUUUCAUCAUUUUCAUCCACAUCUUGCUUUAAUUUAGGAUAAAUACAAAAGUGUCAUUCAAACUGCUUUAGGAAUUUAAAGGAACAUCUUGAAAUGUUUUUAAAGUCCUCUUCAAAAGGAAAUAAAGACCUUUAAA